CAUUUUUAAUGUAAUUAGAAUCAAAUUAUAGUUUAUUAUUUUUAAUUGAUGAUCGUACAAUAUCGACCUAAACGUGCUAUUAGCACGAAACGCAUUUCACAUGCCGCUUAAUUACGAUAGACACGGUCCAAGGACAUUCGUGAUCCUCCACAUUGAUGAUCAUAAUCCAAAUAUUGCUCCUAUCGAACGUAAUUGCGGCUCGCCACGAGAAAUUCGAACUCUGUGUACGCUAUGUGUUCCAUGCAGAAGGACGAUCCACGGACGGUAUCUCCCAAUAAUAGUUGCUCACUGCUUGCCUGGAGUGACGAUUAGUAUAAAGUAGAUAAUGACCAUCCUCGGCGGCUGCCGCGUAUCAUCGUCACCCAAACAGUUGUAUUCGACGAUAUCACUUGUAUUUAUACGAUGACGUCGAACUUCUCGGUCUUCGCGGGCACAUCGCUGUAUUGUCGUUCUCUGAGAUAUGAGAUAAAUAAAUGAUUCCGUUAUGUAUCUGAAUUUUAAAACAUUCCGAUAAGCACCCGCGACGUGACAACACUAACUGAUCAUUCAAGCCCAGUAUAGUUCGCCUUUUAUCUAGUUAGACGUGAUAAAAAAAAGAAAAAAACAUUGAAAAUGUGAGAGAAAAAAGGAGGAAAAAAGGAAAUUGAAAUUUUGGAAUACAUAAGAUCUGAAGAACUGAAGAUCUCGAAGAGGAAUGUAAAAGAUAAGUUGAAUCUAUAUAUAUAUAUAUAAACAAUUAAUAAAAAUUGCUAGAAAUCUUUUGACAAAAUUCUUGAAUCGAAUAAUCUUCAAUUUUCUUAUGGUGAAUAAUUUUAUUAGAGAAUUGUAAUAAUUGGGAAAAUAUUGCCAGUAAAUUGUGAAUUUUUCAUAAUAUUAAUUUUUAUCGGCGUGGGACACAAGCAUGCAGUAUUAAAUGAUUACGAUGUAGCUUUGAUAUAUCGCAUUGUUUUCUGUAUUUAUCUCUUAAAUGAUAAACGAAAAAAAAAAGAAAAUCUAAACCAGAGAAAACGAGGAUACUCGCGGAAAAAAUUUUAUCUCCUGCGUCUCGAGGAGGGUAGACAACGCAAAAUAAUUGCGAUAACUCGCAAACGUUGCUAGUAAACGUCUCGGAUCGGCACUGCAGUUAUUUUUGUCAGAUUAAUAAUCCUAAUGGGAGAUUAUUAGAAUCCUGAUAGACAACAGUGAUAAGAAUUUCGAAAAACGGUGAAAGUCGAAAGUUUGAGGAUAAGUUUAGAAAUUCUUUGAAAAAACUUUUCAAUGAAAGUUUUUAAGCAGAAGUGAUAAGAACUCCAAAAAAAGUUUCGAAACUACUGAUUGGAACGGUGAAUUUUAAACAAACCAUAUUGUUUUCCAGUUUAGAUAAUUACAUAAUUAUCGACCUUUAAUCUUUUAUAAUUACACAAAUAUCUAUAAAUAUCUACCUCUAAGAUUAUGGUGAUAAUUGUGAUGCAACAGUGGAGUAUAUAAGUCAGAGAUAAAAGAGUCUACUUCAAUUUCAAAAAGCAUUUGAUAAAAACGUGUAUCACGUUAAAAAAGUACAAUCUCUACGGUAAAUAAGAAAAAUACAGAAAAAUACAAUUUUCAAAAGUAUAAUCUUUACGAUAAAUAAUAUUGAAACAUGCGGUAUUCUACGUGUGCAACGGAAUCAGAAUACUUUGAAACUUCGUGGAAAAUCAAGUUGGAGCAGAUUCGCAGACAGCUAAGAACACUUUUUCAAAACACAUUGACGCGUUAUUACAAGUCAAAGAAGAAGGGCUACACCAGAUUUCUGACAGAGGAGGAACAGAGGUGGUUGGUUACCACCGAAUAUGACAUAUCCACCCGGCUUGGAAUACCUUAUGAACCUUGAAUAUCUUUUUGUGAACCAGAAAAUUGAGUUGCUUCAAGCUUUUACCGGAUGGGAAACUAAGAAUAAAUAUGUUAUUACGGAUAACAGGGGCGAGCUAGUAUUUUAUAUGGCCGAAGAAUCGGGAAUCUGUUGGCGAUUGUGCGUGGGAAAGUAUCGCUCGUGUGAAUUUUCCAUCUACGACAAAAAUCAGCACGAGGUUCUUCGUAUGAUCCGACCAUUCAGAUGCUACGAUUGCUGCUGUCCUUGUUAUCUACAGGUUUUAGAAGUGUAUUCCGGAAAUACUUUACUGGGUAGCGUUACUCAAGAAUGGAGUCUUUGGCGACCAAAGUUUUAUAUUCGCGAUGCAUCCGGCCAACCAGUGUUAAUGAUAAAGGGUCCACUUAUUCGUUUUUGUAUUGAUGUAAUUUUUAAGGUAAAAUCUAUGGAUGAAAAGCAUCGUGUCGGCAUAAUCCGAAAACAUUGGAGUGGCUUUGCUCGAGAGAUAUUUACCGUUUCUGAUAUGUUCGGUAUUCAGUUUCCGCGCGAUUUGGAUGUGAAGAUAAAAGCUGUACUGCUAGGAGCGUGUAUUUUAAUAGACUUCAUGUAUUUCGAGGAGGAGAAAUAAGUCAAUUUAUUUCAAUUUUUAAAA